AUGCGGGAUAGCUCCGAGGGGCCAAUCGAGAUAAGAAAUGGAAAAAAAAAAGUGAAGAAAAAAAAAUUCACCCCUCAAAUAUCUCCAGAAUCCAGACCACAGCAAGACUUCAGCCUCGCUCUAUCUCACCAUCCAUCCCUCUACCCGGUCUCUUAUCCAUCCACUUCACAUCACAUCACCACUCACCAUGGGAAACGUAAGCUGCUAGCCCAACUUUACCUACCUACCUACACCCACUUAACAUUUCUCCAUCCCACCAUCUUAUCGGGUGUACCCGCUCUGCUUCUCCAUCUCCAUCCAUCUCAUCUCACUAAUACCCAAAACCAGGGAGCAAAGGCCGCCUCCAAGCGCGAGCGCAACGCCAAAGACGCCAAGGGCACUGGAAAGUCGCAGCUCAAGACCAAUGAAGCUGCAAAAGACAUCAUGUGCAUGGUCUGCCGGUCGACUUUCCUCAAGACAACCCGCGGCCCGGCUUUGACGGAGCAUGCGUCGAAUAAGCACAGUAAGACGCUGGAGGAUUGUUUCCCGGGGUUUGUGGAGGUUCCGAAGAAAUGA